UAAUACCUAGCAAUUCGUUCGUCAGUGUUAGACGAUUACUAGAUAUUGUGAUUACUAGUCUGCGUUGUGCGUGCGUAUUUGUUUGCCAAUUGUAUUGUAAUAUUUCUGACACUACUUGACCUAUGCUACGGAUUUCGAUUUAGAUUUGCCUUGUGAUUUGGAAUCGAGAAACCUACCUACCUUCUUUAUUACGACUUUUGUUUUGUUUUCGGACUUCGAUUAUCGAUAUUUGUUUACGGUUUAAAUAGGUACCUACCUAUACCAUAAAAGUUACCAACAUGGACUCCGAACGUCGGGUCGUAUCUCGCAAGCCACGACGAUCAAGUAAAAAACGCUUAUGGGCAUCAGUUCCCAAAAAAAAAUGCGGGAGAAAAAAGAAAAAUAAGCGUCCUUUGAGGAUGCUUCAGUGUUUAAAUGCAGUUGCGCGAGAAAAUCUAGCUCCAAAAAUAAGUGACGUUGAAACUACACUAAAUUUGUCGAAAUUUGUCUCUGAUAGUCAAAGCAUGGCUGGUUCGGAAGAAGAUGAAGUUGUAAACGAUCCUCUGGAAGAUAUUGUUGAAAUUUCAAAUCUGGAUGAACCCAUGCCAUCUUGUAGCAGUACAAGUAUAGUGACGCAGGAAUCAACCACUUCAAGGAAGAGGAAUCUUCCGCCUCGUUUUACUGAAAAGAGACAGAAAAUGUUCGAUGUGAAUAGUGUAACUCGGGAAGACUUUUUAAAACUAUGUAACAAGUAUUUGACUACAGGUAUGUCUCAAAUUAUUAAAUGGCAAAUGGAAUCGAAAGCGAAUAUUGGGAUGGACCGGCACAGCGAUGCUUUCAAAUUGUUUGCACUCAGUGUUUAUUACACUGGACCAGCUGCUUAUAACUUUUUUAAAAAUACUCUUCGUUUACCUUCAGCAGUUGCGCUUAAAACAUUCGUCAAACCGAUUGGGACUAGGCUAGACGAUCGCUUACUUAGUGUGUUAAAAACGAAGGUAGAUAAAAUGGUACCGCAGGAAAGGAUCUGUUCUGUAUGUGUAGAUAGCAUGCCUUUAAGACCUAAUCUGAUGUAUAAUAUCAAAUAUGACAGAAUUGUGGGAUUACAUGAAAUAAAUGGAUGCCAAAACGGAACACCGGCUAAUUACGGUAUUGUUAUAAUGGUACGUGGUAUUGUACACCGGUGGAAACAACCAAUAGCUCAUUCUUUUCUAUCGAAUAUAAAAGAUCAUGAAAAAGUGAAUAAUUGGAUUGAACAAAUUAUAAAAUCAUUGCUAAGUAUUGGUCUAGACGUACGGGUCUUUAUAUCAAAUUUAGACACCAAUCUCUUGCUUCCAUCUAAAACAAUAGAUGUAAACACUGGCAAAACUUAUUUUGAAAUGCACGGUAAAAAAAUUUACUAUAUGUUUAACGUCCCACAUCUUUUGAAACUUAUGCUAAAUGAAUUUAUGGAGUAUGAUAUUAUGUUCAAUACUAAAGUAGCAAAGUGGUCGCAUAUAAGAGAUUUAUACAGUGUAGAUAAAAAACAACAAACUAAAUUAGUACCACAACUCUCUGAGCAUGAUAUAAAUACGAAUCAUGGUAAGAAAUUGAGUUUGAAAGUAGCGCAUAGCCGUUCUGUAGCGUCUGCUAUAUUGAAAUAUGUUGACUUAAAGCUAAUUGAAGCAGCUGCAAAAGAUACUGCCGAGUUUAUUAAUAGAAUGAGUGACUUUUUUGAUCUAUUUCACUCGAGUAAAAUGCAAAGCGCACAUAAUAAUAAAACUGUUUUUACCGGUGAACGCGGCCAAAUUGGGUUUCUAGAAGAAAUGAUAAUUUUUUUUAGAACCUUAAGAGUGGGUAGCUUCAGUCCAGAAGCGCUAAGAAAUAAUAUGUUUUUUCUCUACGGUUUACAAGUAUCUAUAAAAUCAUUACUUCUACUCCAUAAAGAUUUAAAGUUAGAAGAUAUCCAUGCAUUUGCAACGAAUCGUCUCAAUCUAAAUUCUGUUCAUAAUUUCUUUGAUAAAGUAAAAAAGGCGAAUGACUCUAGCGAGGAGCCGACAUGUCGACACUUUAAUAUCGCAUUCACUGAGAUGUUUGUCAACAAAAUUUUAAGAAAACUCGUAGUUACUAACAGUAAUGAUGAUUUCGAAAUCUCACUUAUAGCAUCAAACAACUGUUCAAUGUUUGAUACUUCAAAAGUUUCGUCUAAUGUUAAUAUGGGGAUAUUAGCUGUAGGAACGAAAGAUUACAAAUUUGAUCUGCCGAAGAAGAACGGAUUGGUCUAUAUAUCGUGUUAUUUAUUUAGAAAAUGUCUGGAACAGCACAAAUGUGACAAAAUGAAUUCGGUUUUAAAUAUAACUGAAGAAAACCUAGAAAAGCAAACCGAUUCUGACGUUGAAACCAACAAAUCUUCCAGUGACUCAAUUUUCUUAAGCGUACCUCCUAAAAAUUUUAUGUCGUUUAUCGAAGAACUCGAGAAAAAGUUUCUUGAAUAUUUUGACGACGAUCUCUUUGUGACUAAUAUUGGUAACGAUUUAUGUAAACAUCUCGGAAAUUGUACAUUCGUUAUGCCAUGUGACUGUUUCCCUUUAGAGUUUUUAAUAAAACUGUUCAUUAGAUUAAGACUAUUCCAUUCGAUUAAUAAACAUAACAAUUUAAUACAAAAGAAACAUUUGAGUCACGUAAAAUUUAUGGUGAGUAGAUUGUGAAUUAUGUAAGAGGAGAGUCUAAUUCGUAUUUGAGAAAUACCGCAUUUUGUCGAAGACUUUUUUUUUAUUUUUUGAUUAAUUGGUAGAGGAGCUGAUUGUUAGAUUUUGACUGUGAAGUGUGAAAACUGAUACUCAUGGCGAUGUAGCUGGUAUAAGCAUUCGCUGAACGAAGAAUGGUUAUGCGAUGUAUAUUGCGACUAAGAUUUAAAAUGUUGACAAAUGUUGGACAUUACAUAAAUAAAUGUUUUGUAAAGAAA